ACAGUGAUGUCGGCCAGCAUGCAGCAUAGAAGGUGAGUACUGAGGAGCUCUGAGACGUCCUACAGUGCCAGGGCUGCCUGCCCCACACAGGGCAUACCUCACCCACAGAGGAAAGCUGCCAGUGUCCUCUUCUCCCCAGGACCUACCUUCUCAAAGUUGCUGUAGAGACUCCCAUAUUCAAUCAUCUGGUGGCAUCUUGCUGCUGUGUGAGCAGGUCCAUAAAAUGUUAGGUCACGUGUUUGUUUUCACACUUCACAUUCUGACUCUGAUAUGUCUGCCUGUAGAAAAUGCUGAGCUCUGUAUCAAUCAAGGAGUGGAGGAUGAAAUCGAGUAUGCUAGUGUUGGUGAGCCUUUGUAUGCUGUUUGCCCACUUCUGGACUUAGUUGGGAGAAAUAAUUUCAGUGUAACCUGGGUAAGAAUUGACUCACAAACAGAAAUCACCUCAGACAGACAAGCAAGAGUUCACCAGGAUGAACAAUAUCUAAAGUUUAUCCCUGCGGAGCUACAAGAUAGCGGAUUAUACCAAUGUAUUCUCAGAAAUUCAACAUACUGCAUCAAGAAGAUUAGCCAAGUAGUAGUAACUAAGCAUGAUGACGGUCUCUGCUAUAAUUAUUCCACAAGGUAUACAUUUGAAGAUAUUAUAGGACCAUCAGAUACAAUUCAAUGUCCAGAGCUAAGUAUCUAUGUUAACAGAAAAACACAAGCUAAAUGGCUUAAGGAAUGCAAGCCACUGGAUCUGGAUAGUAAGCGGUACUUACUUUCAAAUACUAAAUUGACUAUCCAAAAUUUGUCCAAGCAAGAUAUUGGAAAUUACACAUGUCAGGUGCCGUUUGUGUACAAUAGUGUAACAUAUAACAUCACCCGUGUCAUUGAAUACAUUAUUGAAGAUGAACCAGAUGACCCUGAACCUGUUAUGAUAUUCCCAACAAACAACAUCAUAGAGGUGGAAUUAGGAGCUUCUAUCACACGUAUGUGUGAAGUGUUACAUGAUACACCCAUUGAUUUGUUCUGGACUUACAAUGGCACUCCUAUGAAAUAUUAUACUGAUUCUGAAGAUGGUGGCAGAGUUAUAAUGGGAGAUACAGGUUACACAUCUAGAGAAGAUGGGAUACUAAAUUUCAGAACCCUGAACUUUACAAAAGUGAUGGAACAGGACUACAACAGACAAUUUUACUGUAACUCCCAUUUUUCAGAAACUAAAUUUUAUAUUACAUUCAAAAAGCCAGAUCCUAAUUUACGGGAAUUCCUAAUUGCAUUUUUUGUGUCUGCGUUCUUGGUUAUUGUUAUAGCUAUAAUUGCGAUACGAAUUUUUAAAAUUGACAUUGUCCUUUGGUAUCGAACUUCCUGUUUCGCAAAUUCAGAUCAAAAAGAUGGGAAACUGUAUGAUGCUUACAUAUUAUACUCAAAUAAAUUCAUGGCAACCAGCUCUUAUGAAAUGGACAUAUUUGUCCUGAAAGUGCUGCCAGAAGUUCUAGAGAAGCAAUGUGGUUACCGAUUGUUUAUAAUUGGACGAGAUGAUUUACCAGGACAAGCCAUGGCGGACCUUGUAGAUGAGACCAUUGCACAAAGCAGAAGAGUAAUUAUCAUUUUGGGAAACAAAUUCUGUGAAGACCGUGGUGAUGACUUUGAACAAAAAAUCGCUAUGUAUGACGCGCUUAUUCGGGAUAAAAUAACAGUCGUUUUGAUUGAAAUAGAGAAAAUGGACUACACCAACAUGCCUGAAUCAAUAAAAUACCUCAAACAGAAGCAAGGCGCUGUGCGAUGGAAAGGAAAAUUCACAGAAGCCGCUCUUUCCCCUAAUACAAGGUUCUGGAAAAACAUCCGAUAUCAGAUGCCUCCAGCCCAGCGUCCUUCUGACAAGGAACUGCACUACAUCCAUUCAGAAGACUGACAUGAAGCGGGUAUUAAAGACUUGGAUACUGUACAUUCGUGUGAUUUAUCAAACCUUACACAUGUAAUAAAACACUAGGCCCUUGUUUGGAGCUGUGGACAAAAAGCAGCAGCAUGUUACUCUCCAUGCCAAUAAUGUGAACACUACAUAGAUAUCAUUGUCAGCUUUGGCACAAAAGUCAUCAUUUCAGAUACUACCUCCUACUAUAACUGCACUUUCACAGGAUUUCACUUUUAACCUAUGAACUCUUUUAAGGCCCCUUUCACACGGGCAAAAAUUCUGCGCGGGUGCAAUGCGUGACGCAUUGCACCUACACUAAAUCCUGACCCAUUCAUUUUAAUGGGGCUUUGUACAUGAGCGAUGUU